AUGAGGUAUAAUUUCCCCACUUGUCCGGGUCUGGGUGGGCCGUUGAGGAACGUAGAAUCUUCAUCAUUAUUCUCUAACCACAAUGAUCAUGUUUUCUUCGCCACAGGUCCAGAUCCUUGCGCUCGUAUUGACUGCUGUUGUAAUGCGGAGUGCAGAGUGAACCUGACGAAUCAUGCGAAAUGUGAAUGUAACUUCGCCUGCACUUUGCAGUAUGAUCCAGUUUGCGGCUCGGAUGGCAAGACAUACGGCAACGCAUGUGGCUUACGUAGUGUUGCUUGUGCACAGCAGAAUCCGAAACUUAAGGUUGUUAGCGAUGGACCAU